AAAUAACAAACUACCAGAGCGGCGACAACCCUGCCACCCUGUAAAAAUAGCGCGAAGAUUUUGUCUGUACGGCGGAGAAACAAUAGUUAAUUUUGCGUAAAUAUGAGCGGCCGUAAGCACAGAGGCUUUGAGAAUAUGGAAAAUCUAUGCCCUGUCACCAGAAAACGCUCAACAAGUAAGAACCCCGCCUCUGCGGUGGGCGCUCUAGUUUCCGCCACGAAGUCUUCGCACUACGAGCACCCUUCCUCGCCCUCGGCACUUACUUUUGAAGCCCUGGAGGAGAUGGGCAUCGGAAUGCUGGACUCCGAGGAGAGCAGUUCCUCAGCCCUCUCGGCCAUUGCGUUGGCGGUCAGUGCAAGCGCCACCAGCGACGAUAAUUCCAACGAGACCACUCCCUACGCCAGUGUUCCUCGCAUGGCACACCAGCUCCAGCACCCGCAGCGCCUAAGCUUGGGCUCUUCGGCUGACACCACACAGGACAGCACCGCCGUCGAGGAUGCCCUUUCCCGCCAGUCGACCGAGAAGCUGCAGUUGCUGUCGCAGUCCAAGCGCUCGGCAGUGGGCACUGAAGGCGGCAGCAACUCAAACUCGCCCAGCAAACGCUUGCGAAACCCUUUGGCUGCAGUCACCUGCAACAACCAGAGUGAGACGGCGUCCCCGCUCAACUUUCAGCCUUCCACCAGUAGGCUGGCGCAAGUCCGCCAGGCAAAAAAGUCCUCAUCGACUCAGAACUCCGCCCGGCUGGUGCCCACGGACAGCUUUUUUGUGUACCGCACCCCGGCCAUGAGUGCCCACAUCAGCAGCGGGAUAAACUACUUCGACCGACUGUCUGACGAAAUUGUCCUAGACAUCUUUAAGUGGCUCCCGAAAAAGACGCUCCUGCGCAUGGCGACCGUUUGUCGUCGCUUUAACCGCUGCUCUCGGGACGAGACCUUGUGGACAAGGCUGGAUCUGGGUCUGCGGACCAUUCGACCAGGCGCCCUCGAGCAAAUUGUUCGUCGAGGAGUCCUGGUAAUACGUCUGGCCCAGGCUAGUGUACAGGAGCCCGCUUUCGCACCAUCAUCGGCCGGCUUUAGAGCGCGACUGCAAUAUCUCGACUUAAGCAUGGCCUCCAUUAGUCGAAGCUCACUUCGCACACUUCUCUCCCACUGCCGCCAGUUGAAGAAAAUAAGUCUAGAGAACACUGAGCUUGAUGAUAGCAUCUGCACGGAGAUCGCCAAAAAUAAAGCCUUGGAGGCAGUCAAUCUGAGCAUGGCGAGCGGCCUAACAGCCAGCAGUGUGCGUCUAAUGAUGGAGUCCCUGACCAAUCUGAGCAGCCUAAACAUAUCGUGGACUGACCUAAGUGCAGAUGCUGUUACGGCGUUGGUCACUCACAUCUCCCCCAAUGUUAUUCGGCUGAAUAUUGCAGGUUGCCGCCGCGUACUUUUUGACUCUCAUGUUGCAUCGCUCCAGAAACGUUGCCCUCAGCUGCUGGAGCUUGAUCUAUCGGACUGCAAUAGCCUCACCCCGGCAGCUAUUACGGCAAUCAUGAAGUUUAAAAUGUUGGAAUAUUUGUCCGUUUCCCGUUGUUAUCUUAUUCCUGCUUCCAGAUUCAUCGAGCUGAAGGGUAUGCCGUCUCUGACCUAUUUGGACAUAUUUGGAAUGCUGUCGGACGCCGCCAUGGAAGUCCUUGAGAAGCAAAUGCCCAAAAUGGGCAUCAACAAGUUCAUACACAGUUCGGUUUCCCGUCCAACUGUGGGCACUCGUCGCACCUCGAUUUGGGGACUUCGCACGCGGGACUAAUCCCGAUUCUGCUGCUUCCGAUACCAUCCGAAUCUGUUUUGCUGCGUAUGCCACCCUUAACGCGGUUUUUUUUAUUCUCAAUUCAACAACAUAAAUAAUCACAUUCUGCUGUUCUAA